AUGGUUGAUCAAACGAAGCCUCUGCUUGUCAUGACAAGUACCCCUGGUGCGGGUCACGUCAAUCCUAUCACCACAAUUGCUAAAGCACUUAUGCUCGAUGGCUACCACGUCACAGCUGUUUGUGCCAGUGGCUACAGGAAGCGUUUCGAGGACAUCGGAUGCGACUACGUUGCCAUCCAAGGCUAUGGAGACUAUGUUGACGAGGACCGCGAGUCCAAAUGGCCUGAGAGAGAACUGAUGGAACCUGGACCAGAACAGCUUGCCUGGACACUCGAGCAGAGCUUCAUCAAAGUCAUUCCAGACCAACUUGCCGCUGUCCAGAAGGCCAUCACCAAGCUCAGGGAAGAGUAUCCCGGCAGACCUGUUGUGCUGCUCAAUGAAUCUGCAUACGCGGGUUCGCUACCGCUGCAAAGAGGUGCACGAGGCGCCAAGCCAGACGCUUUCAUCGGCAUCGGCAUCAAUCCCAUCUCCAUAACCAGCGCCGAUACUCCCCCAUUCAACUCGGGUCUACCGCUUCCCACCACUCCGGAGCAAAGGGCUCAGUAUGCGGGUAUUUGGGAAAUGCUGAGGAACACUAUCUUCUCUGGUCCUUUCAAGCUAUUUAACAGCAUCUUGAAAGAUCUUGGGGGUGAACCAGAUGACACAACCUAUUUCAACGAUGCGCCCUAUGUUUGGCCCGACCGCUUUCUGCAAAUGUGUUCGUCUUCUAUGAUGUAUCCUAGAAGCGAUGCACCCGCAAGUCUUCGGUUUGCUGAUGGAAUGCCCAAGGUUCCCAAGGCCGACACGUCAGCAGCAGUUAAGCCAGCUUGGUGGGAUGAAGUUGCAAACAACUCGUCGGGUAAAGACAUUGUCUUUGUCUGCCAGGGCACUGUUCGUAUGGACUACAAGGACAUCGUUAUCCCAGCGAUAGAUGCACUCAAAGAUCGUCCAAACACCUUGGUGAUUGUUGUCUUGGGUCUGCGUGGAGCGACUCUCGAUUCAACCAUUGCCAUUCCUGACAAUACCCGGGUGAUUGAUUACCUUACCUACGAUGAUAUUCUUCCACUAGCCUCAGUGUUUGUUGGUAACGGCGGUUACGGAGGAGUGCGUGCCAGUCUUGCCCACGGAACGCCUUUGGUGGUUGCAGGUGAGAGCGAGGAUAAGACCGAGAUGUGCGCCAUUAUAGAGUGGGCUGGUGUGGCUGUUAACCUCCGGACGGGAAGUCCAACAAGUGAGGCUAUUCGGGCGGGAGUUGAUCAGGUGCUGUCUGAUCCUAAAUACAAGGAGGGCGCGAAGCGAAUUCAGGCAGAUAUGGAUGCCUCUGAUCCCAUCAAGGUUAUCACCGAUAACAUUAAUGAGGUACUCGCUGGCGUUAAGGCAUCAUGA